AUGCCUGUCAGCACCAACGAUCCGGACAAAUGGAUAGCCCAAUUACUAGAAUGCAAGCAUCUCUCCGAGCCAGACAUGAGGUCCUUGUGUGAGAGAGUACGAAAUAUUCUUAUGGAGGAGUCAAAUAUCCAACCAGUUUCAACUCCUGUCACCGUUUGCGGCGAUAUCCACGGCCAGUUCUGGGAUCUGAUAGAGCUUCUUCGGAAAGGCGGAAUGGUCCCUGAGACCAGUUAUAUAUUUAUGGCGCGCCUGUUGUUAAUGGGCGCGGGAGACUUCGUCGAUCGCGGUUAUUACAGCUUGGAGACUGUCUCCUUGCUGCUUGCGUUGAAGGCAAGAUACCCAGACAAAGUAACAUUACUGCGAGGCAAUCAUGAAAGCAGACAGAUAACUCAAGUGUAUGGUUUUUAUGACGAAUGCCAGACCAAAUAUGGAAGUCCAGCUGUAUGGAAAGCAUGUUGUGGCGUGUUCGACCUCAUGAACUUGGCAGCCAUAAUAGAUGGGACAGCAUUGUGCGUCCAUGGAGGGCUUUCGCCUGAUAUAAGAACGUUGGACCAAAUACGCGUUAUUUCUCGAGCACAAGAGAUACCACACGAGGGAGCAUUCUGUGAUCUUAUGUGGUCUGAUCCCGAUGAGGUUGAGACAUGGGCUGUCAGCCCCAGAGGAGCAGGGUGGUUAUUUGGUGCUUCUGUCACUAAUGAGUUUAACCACGUAAACUCUCUUACGCUAAUUGCCCGCGCACAUCAGUUGGUGCAGGAAGGAUACAAAUACAUGUUUGAUGAAUCUCUCGUCACCGUGUGGUCUGCGCCAAACUAUUGCUACCGAUGCGGCAAUCUUGCAAGCAUUCUCACGCUUAAAGAUGACGCCGAUGGAGGGAGAUCUUUUAUAGUAUAUAGUGCAGCACCAGAAAACGAGCGAGACCGAGGAAUGGGAGUAGGCGCCACAGGCGGCAUAUUUACAGGACGAAGAAUGGGUGGUGGGAUGCCAUAUUUUGUGUAGCAUACAUUAAUGUAAUAUAGGAUGUCCAUACCAAAGCUAAAGGAGAUUGCUGCGCGGGUUAGGCGGGCACAGUCGCGCUCGAGCCUCAGAAGGUGGGGCUCCCCUUUGCGCUCAGUAAAUAUCGUACCUUCCGUCCUCAUCCCAGGCCUCCUCGUUCUCGAAUGCGUCGCUGGUCGAGAAAGCAUCUCUUAGCUUAAGCAUCGCCUCGCGCACUUCUCGAAGCUCGUCUUUCCCAAUGCCAUCGUCCCCAUCAGGAUUUAGGAACCGGAGAUCCGUGCCACCACGAAUGAAGGUGUCGAUGAACUUGUAAUGCUGGUUGAAAUAAGAAGAAAGAGCAGCUGAGCAACGCAAUGCACUGUAUAUAGGGACGGUGUCCAGACUUCGAUGGCUAGAGGUAUGACGCGAGCGGUGUAGGUCAGCUGACAGGGAUGAAGUAUUGAAGAGCCUAGGAAAUG